UGCGUUGGCAUUUCUGGGGCCACAAGCAUUGCUUGUGGUUGCAAUUUCUCCUUUCAAUUCCCUUGACAUUCUGCCUCCUUUGUGACUACAAAUUUGGCUGCUUCACUCACUUCCCCCCUCUCUCUCUCUCUCUCUCUGGAAAGUCAGUGCUGCUUUCUGCAGCUUUAAGCUUUUGUGAGGGAAAUUCUGGCUAGUUUCACUUCGUCGUUGUGUUGAUCCUGCCCAUGGCACUUACUGCAAGCAAGGUUUUAAGCUGUCCUGCGGUGACUAAUACAAAAACUAUUCCUAACUCAUAUGGAAUCUUAAAUUCUUAUGCCAAGUCAAUGCAACGAAAUAACUUUCAUUGUCCAAGUCAAGGGGUUGAACUGAGGCAGCUAAACUAUGGACGUCUGUUGAAAGAAAAAAUGAUAUUUUCUAAUGAUGGUUUGUGGCGUAUAUUGGGUAAACCUGUUAGUUUCACUGACUCUCAGAGAUCUACUGUCUUAUACCUGUCAAGAGGAACUCAUAAUACCAAAGCAAAAGAACCCAUUAUAACUUACGGUGAUCCUGCAGGGGAGACUAGUUCACAGAGUGGGGAUGAGGAAGAUGAGCAUCCAGUCUUUUCUGAGAGAACUACUCACUCCAGUUUAGCUGAAGCUUGUAAAUUUGUUUGCAAUGAUGCAAAGUUUGUAAAUGAGAGGGCUCGCAACGAUAUUAUUCUGCUUUCUCGUGGCAUAAUGAGGUUGAAUGCCCGUGCACGUCAAGACGUUGCUAUUCUUGGGUCCGGGUUUCUUAAGCUUGAUGCUCGGGCACGAGAGGAUACGGAGAAAAUUGACCGUAAUGUGAAGAAGAAAGCUGAGCGCCUUCAUCAUAUUGCUAUGAUCUUAAAAGACAAAGCAGAGUCUAGAUUGAAAACUGCCGCUGAUAAGCAUUGGAGUGACGGAGCCUUAGAGGCUGAUUUGCGCCGCGCUGACUUCCGUGCCAAACAACGUGCAAUGGAAGAUGCCCUAAUGGCUUUGGAGUUUGUCAAAAAUAUUCAUGACCGGAUGGUGAGCAAAAUGUACAAUUUUCCUCUGCAUAGCGAAAAUGGUAUUGUAUCAGAAAAUGACAUGCUGGGGCGUAUAAUGCUUGAAAAGAAUGGCAAAAGUCUUGAUUUCCCUUUUGGUGAAGUAUCUACUGAUCGCAUUACUGCAAUUCAGGAAGCUUACUGGAGUAUGGCAUCUGCUCUCUCUGAAGCUGAUGGAAUUGACUAUACUGAUCCUGAAGAGCAGCUCGAGCUGUUAAUUGCAACUCUUAUUGAUCUCGACGCUAUGGAUGGUAAAAGUAGUGUAUCGUUAUUGGCAGAGUGUUCAAAUUCUCCUGAUGUCAAUACCAGGCAAGCCUUAGCCAAUGCCUUGGCUGCAGCUCCAUCGAUGUGGACUCUUGGAAAUGCAGGAAUGGGAGCACUACAGAGACUCGCAGAGGAUAGCAAUCCGGCAAUUGCUGCCGCUGCCACUAAAGCAAUCUUUGAACUUAAGAGACAAUGGGAGAUAGAGGAAGGAGAUAGCUGGAGGUUUACGAUGAACCAAAACCCCAUUGAAGAAUGGGAAACCCAAGAAGCUGACGACAAUGAAGAUACAGAUUGACGUGUUAAGACAACUGUAGUGUAGGUAUUCACAUGGAGGGUUAAAUUAGUUGUAGGAUAUAGACCCUCACUAAUUACCAUAAAGUGAUCAAAAUUCUGUAAAUAAAAUGCUACAUUUUUUUAUAUUAUUGAAAUAUAUGUCAUAUCAUUAGCAAAAACAAUGCUUUGAUAAUCUACGGGGUUCAAACUUAGGACA